AUGCGGGUGGCAGCCAAAAGGGCAGUAUCCGAGCACCAGCUGCUCCACGACAAGGGCAAGUCCAUCCAGGACCUGCGCCGCCGCUACUUCCUGCACCACCUCAUCGCUGAGAUCCACACGGCCGAGAUCCGAGCGACCUCGGAGGUGUCGCCCAACUCCAAGCCUGCCCCCAACACCAAAAACCACCCAGUGCGCUUUGGCUCCGACGACGAGGGCAGGUACCUGACUCAGGAGACCAACAAGGUGGAGACCUACAAGGAGCAGCCUCUCAAGACACCUGGGAAGAAGAAGAAAGGCAAGCCAGGCAAGCGCAAGGAGCAGGAGAAGAAGAAGCGGCGCACGCGGUCCGCCUGGCCCACCCUGGAGACCCUGCACAGUGGACACAGCGUGGAGCACCCGGCGCCGGUCCCUGCCACGCUGGAGCCCGCGUCACGAGGCAGGUUAUUCUUCAUCAUCAUCAUCAUCAUUAUCAUCACCAUCAUCAUCGUCACCAUCACGGUCACCACCAUCAUCAUCAUCACCAUCGUCACCAUCAUCAGUGCUAUCCUCUCUACUCUCUGA